CUUCCUCUUCCGGGCGCGCGGCCGAGGAACAGGAGGAGGAGGAGGAGGAGGAGAAGGCGGCGUUGGUGGUGGCGGCGACGAAGACGACGACGACGGCGGGUCAGUCGGUCGAUCUGUCGGAGCCGGCGACGGCUCUCCUCCUUUUCCGCCUCCUCUCCGAGCCGAGGGGGUCGAUUACGGGGUUUUCUCUCCCCCUUGCCGAGGAGGAGCCAUUUUCGCCACAACUGCCGCCGCUGCCGCGCGCGAUGGAGCCGGAGUCGGUGAUCGAGGAUAAAACCAUCGAGUUGAUGACAAGUGUGAAAAGGAAAACCCAUUCGAUUUCCCAUUCAUUCUGGAUUGGUGGAUCUGAAGCACAGAAACAGAGUUUCAGUGUUCUGUGCCAAGGUCUUUGUGGCUAGGCUGCUCCAACCUGGUAGAGAGCAUGUGCGCACUGAGAUGCCUGCAGAGCAUGCCCAGUGUCAGAUGUCUCCAGAACACAUCAGUAAUGGAGGAUCAGAAUGAAGAUGAGUCUCCAAAGAAAAACACAUUGUGGCAGAUAAGCAAUGGAACUUCAUCUGUAAUAGUCUCAAGGAAACGACCAUCUGAAGGAAAUUACGAAAAGGAAAAAGACUUGUGUAUUAAGUAUUUUGACCAGUGGUCUGAAUCAGAUCAGGUUGAAUUUGUGGAACACCUCAUUUCACGAAUGUGUCACUAUCAGCAUGGACAUAUUAAUUCCUAUUUAAAGCCCAUGCUGCAAAGGGAUUUUAUCACUGCUUUACCAGAACAAGGCUUAGAUCACAUAGCAGAAAACAUCCUCUCCUACCUAGAUGCCAGAUCCCUUUGUGCAGCUGAAUUGGUUUGUAAGGAAUGGCAGCGGGUUAUUUCAGAAGGAAUGCUUUGGAAGAAGCUUAUUGAGAGAAUGGUACGAACUGAUCCACUCUGGAAGGGGCUCUCAGAAAGGAGGUGCUGGGAUCAGUACCUGUUUAAAAACAGACCCACAGAUGGCCCUCCUAAUUCAUUUUAUAGGUCACUGUAUCCAAAGAUAAUACAAGAUAUAGAGACAAUAGAAUCUAACUGGCGAUGUGGAAGGCACAACUUGCAAAGAAUUCAGUGCCGCUCUGAGAAUAGUAAAGGUGUUUACUGUCUACAAUAUGACGAUGAGAAGAUUAUAAGCGGCCUAAGGGAUAACUCCAUUAAGAUAUGGGAUAAAACCGGAUUGGAAUGUUUGAAAGUAUUAACAGGACAUACUGGCUCCGUUCUUUGUCUACAGUAUGAUGAAAGAGUAAUUGUAACUGGAUCGUCUGAUUCUACUGUCAGAGUCUGGGAUGUGAACACAGGCGAAGUCUUGAACACUUUAAUUCAUCAUAAUGAAGCAGUGCUUCACUUGCGGUUUAGUAAUGGUUUAAUGGUGACCUGUUCAAAGGACCGCUCUAUUGCUGUUUGGGACAUGGCUUCAGCAACUGACAUCACUUUGCGCCGAGUAUUAGUUGGCCAUCGGGCUGCUGUUAAUGUUGUGGACUUUGAUGAUAAAUAUAUUGUAUCUGCUUCUGGAGAUAGGACCAUUAAAGUCUGGAGUACAAGCACAUGUGAAUUUGUUCGCACUCUUAAUGGGCACAAAAGGGGUAUUGCCUGCCUCCAGUAUAGGGAUCGACUUGUUGUGAGUGGAUCAUCAGACAAUACCAUUAGACUUUGGGAUAUUGAAUGCGGAGCGUGUUUAAGAGUGCUAGAAGGACAUGAAGAAUUGGUUAGAUGUAUACGAUUUGAUAACAAAAGGAUUGUAAGUGGAGCCUAUGAUGGCAAAAUCAAAGUUUGGGACCUGCAAGCUGCUCUUGAUCCUCGAGCUCCAGCAAGUACGCUGUGCUUACGUACAUUGGUGGAACAUUCUGGACGUGUGUUUAGACUCCAAUUUGAUGAAUUUCAAAUUAUUAGUAGUUCCCAUGAUGACACCAUUUUGAUUUGGGAUUUUUUAAAUGUGCCUCCCAAUGCACAAAAUGAGACCCGCUCUCCAUCCAGAACGUACACCUACAUCUCCAGAUAACACUCUGCAGUUAACAGUUCUCCAAGGAUUCCACAGUCUUUGAACUACUGGACAUUUGGCUAUCACACAUCUGAAGACAAUAGCCACAGCUAAAGUUGGAAGUGGUUUUAGGUGCUGUGUAGAUGUAAAGCGGCACAAUUCUUUAUCUCAAUGUAACUUUUUCCAGUCCUCCUCCACUCGGUGGUCUCUUAAGGAAUUGACUAGGAAUUCACUGAGUUCGGCCUCUCCCUCACCACAGUGCAAGAUCCAAAGCUUCAUGAGUAAUUUGCCCAUAUACACUGAACUUACGGCUUGUUUUUCCAGGAGUAAAUCAGAUGUCAAGGAUGGACUUGACCUAAUUUAUAUUUGCUUUGCACUUUUUGUCUGACUCUGAAGAAGAAAAACAUUCUCAGUGAAACGUGGGUGCCAAACGCAUAACCCAGAAUGUACAGAGCUUGCUUUCAAAAUCGCCUCAUCCCGCAGCUUUUACAUUUCACGAUUAAUGCGGAUCCUGCUGUGUUUGCUCAGAGUCUCAGUUGGACUGGUAGAAAUACUUUGGAAUGAUUCAGCAACCUUUUGGACAAUAAUUUACUUAUUUCUGCACCUGUAAUUUGCUUUAAUUUAAAGAUUGUAAAUUGGGCUAGAUUAUCAAAACUAGAUGUACAGCAUUGUCUUUUCUUUAAAUUGUACUCUAUACUACAACUGUCUUUCUCUUCCUCCUAAUGUUUGGUAUAGUCAGAUCCUUCCUGUGUGCUUGCCUCAUUCUUUCCAAUACUGUACCUGUAUAAGCAUGUAGAUAUAAUGUACAUAAAACAUUGUAACCUCCAAGGGCUGGGAGUUGGGGCCUUCUGAUGCUGUAUACAGAUGCCAAGGGAGGUGCUUUUAAGUACCCAGGCAUUCUUACUACUGGCACCAUAUGGAGUUGAGAUGUAUUAGAAACAUUUUUCUGUGAAAGGGAGAGCGUUGGCAUUCAUUAGGAUUUUCUUCUUCCUUUUUAAUUGGGAGGGCAUAUCUUAAUGUUAACUUCUAAACAUAAGAAGCAUUUUUUAUUUAAAAAAAAAAGUUAAAAUUUCUUUCACUAUUCCACAAUGCAAUAUUUGCAAAUCAUCUUGAAACCACUGUCUAAAGUUGAAGAGACAUCAACCCUUUUAAUAUCUGUUUGAAUUGUCCGUGAUUUCCAGGCCAGUAUGCUGAAUUGGAAGAUGAAUUGCUAUUCCACUGAGACCUUAGAGGAGAUGAUUGGUGCACCUUACCAUUUAUUUGGAGUAACCUAGCAGUAAAUGGCACCGUGGAUUUUUUUCUAACUAUGACUGGCCAUGGCUAUUGAUUCAGUAUCUCCCAAUUACAAAAACAACUCAUUCGAAAUUAUUGUCUCCAUGUUUUUAAAUUAUUGCUCAGCAACAUUGUUCAAUAGCUUCUCUUAAUGUUCUUUAGAAGAUAUUAAUAAAUAAAAAUACUGGUUGGUCCAGGAGCAAUUGUUGGCAUGGAUGUGGGUGAUAUCAUGUGGUAUUCUGUCUGCUUUCCUUUUGCUGCCACUGCUGAUACCCUCCUUCUCUUAUUUCCCCCCCUCCUUUUUUUUCUUUUCUUUUUUCUUUUUUUUUACCUUUUUUUUUUGUUGUUGUUGUUGUUGAGGGGUCAAGGAAUGUUAAUAACCAAUAUAAAUGACCAAUGAAUGAAUUUUGCUUAUUUAGUGGAACAGCUUAUGGUUGGCUAUUUCACUUGCACACCAUCUAGUUUGUCUGUCGAAUAAAAAAACGAAAGCACACGCCGGAUGUGAGAAAGAUACAACUUGAGCUGCUUCUGGUUUCCAGCCUUCACCUCCCAGUCAAUUCUGUUGGGCUCCUAAGUUCUUCUUCCGAACACGGAGGGGGAAAAAAGAUAUAUUACACGGAUCUGAUCCAAUCUACAAAAAUGCUUAAGAGGACACUUUCCCAUAUCAGAUGUCGAGAUGGGCCACUUUUACAGAAACGGUUUUGCCCCUUCGCCCCUCCCCUCCCCCCCUCAUCCCCAUGUCACCUAAUAGCUGCAACACGAAAGACUUGAUACUGCAGCGCUGAAAACAAAAGGGUAUUUACGGACAACCAUCCAUUUUUAAUGCAUGUGUAAGAUGAAAUUCAUGUUUUUCCAUGGGAAAUGAUGGUAUUUGAAGAUGCAGCCUAAAGUACUUUUGAUUGUGCUUGGUGUAACGUAGCCGUGGAAUUUGUAACUGACACCCGAGGAGUUUGAUUCCUGGGAUGAAUGAUAGUACCGGCUGUACUCUGGACUUUGUUUUGCUAAUCAUUACUGAACAGCUGUAUGUUACUGCUAGAUUAAUGUUUCAAAGCACUGGGAUAGUCUUAUUCUAACUUGUAAUUAUGUUUGCCAGUUACCUGUUUGGAAAGUUUGUGUAUGAACAGCUUAUCGGACAACUGUUGAAAUGUACAGAUAUUGUUCAUGAUAUAAGGCUUUGUACUGUGGAAUGUGCUUAAUAAAAAAAACCCUCUAAAUUUA